AUGACUGAAGGCAGAAAGAGAAAGUUGUCGGACUCGCUUCCCGCCGACCCGCCUCCUUACGACCAGGGGCCUUCCAACAAGGUUGCGGCAGUUGCGGACUCUCCCACAACUCCCAACAUGGGCCACUCCGAGAAUGACGAGAGCGCUGUCUCAGCCGCUGAGGUUUUGGCCAACUUGGCACACCUGCCUGGCCCUGAAGGCGAGUCUUCUGUGGCCCUGCCUAUGUCUUCAACGUCCCUUGCGGACUUGGAGCGUCAACAGCAUCCUAUCGUUCUGGGGGUGAGCGCCGUCUCGAAGCAUCCGAUCGUGACCAACGCCAUCAAGUACUACGAAGACCUGAAGAAGAACUACGCCUCGUUGAACUAUGCCGCUGGCAUUGUCGAAAAGGCUGCUAUGCCCGUCUUCAGCAAGAUUGAAGUGAACCUCAACAGCAUGCACCAGGCCCGUCUCCAUGAAGCAAGGCGGGAUAAGAAGCGCCGUGUGACGCCUACAGAGAAGACCGAAACCAAGAAGAGGCUAAAGUUCUGCUUGCACAUCUUGAAGCUUGCCAACAGACAGAUUAAUGACCGUGUCAACUGCUUGCAAAGGGUAAUUACCGACAACCGCCACCAAGAGCAGCUUUCCACUCCUCAGCUGGAGGAGAAGGGCGACGAUACCCACACUUUUACACGCUCGGAGCCGCUGUCCGAGUCUCGCCUGGAUACUGAGUUGACUGCAGUGUCGCUGGCUCGCCUGGAUUUUGCUGACCCCCAAGAAACACAGACCGAGAUUGUCACUACUGUGAAGAAAAUUAUUCAUGUCAUAUCGAACUUCCGUCCAUCGUCUCUAGUUGCCGACAAGGGUGUUGGCGAAGGCCAGGAUAGCGAAGACCUCCGUCUCAAGUCCACCAUCCGUGAGAUCAUCCUCAACUUGCCCAACCAAGUGCAACACAGCUCGUCAAGUUCGCUGCAGACGAACGACAAGAUUGUGACCUUUGCCAAGGAGUCUCUCAACAUGAUUGGACGCCUCACCACGGUGUUCAACAACCAGCUAGAGAAGGCAGAGAGCUGGGUUGACGGUGAAGAGGAAGAGGAACAGCAGCAGCAGCAGCAGUACAACAACGAGAAGGCUGGUCCGGAGAUUAAGCAGGAAGAAACUCCUCUCGUGACGGAGCACUUGAAGCACUAG